AUGAAUCGAAAUCCAAGAAGAGACAAAUUUGCGAAGGCCAAAAUUGAAGAACCAAAUCUAAAUCUGCGUUUAUCUACAGAGCUGUUUCUGAAACGUGAUGAUCAUCCACUAAAUGAUCUCUGCUAUAUGAAAGUUUUCGGAUUCUUGGAGAACUUCGUUCAAUUCUCACAAGAUUUCUGCUGCGGUGUGUUCUUGUUGUCUUUUUGUAUCAAUAAUACUCGGAAAGCUCACCAAGUAACUGAGACAGAUGCUUCAGAGGCCAAACUUGAUAGAAAAGUAUAUAGGAUUCGUAAUAAAGAACUUGUUACAGUCUUUGGGGACGAUUUUGAAGGGAUGAAGGAGAUUCAAAGAGUCUCAAAAGCCACAAUUGGGAUACUAGCGGAUGCUGAAUCCAAUCUUCUCAGGCAUUCGUUUCUGGACAUUCUGGGUACUGCUGAAGAACUCAUCCUAGAUGAAACCCUAAAGACAUAUAGUAGCUUGAUUUUUCCCGUAAUUCUGAUGCCACCAAUCAUUUAUGGAGACAACAUCACCAUCCCUGUCCACAAGGUUAAUCAUGUCCUUGGCAACUACAGCAGUAAUCUGUUGAGGAUGGAAAUGGAGUCUGGUGCAUGGAUAAAGAUUGAACCAGGUCUCUCUUCUAUUGGUUCUGAAUGGAGAGUAGUGAACGUAUUUGGUCCACAGGAAAAUAUUGUUAAAGCAAAGUCGUUAAUUGAGUCAGUAAUCUGUGAGCAUGAGGAAUUAUAUAGUGAUGAAGCGUUGAAUGAAAUGAUGCACCAGUUUAAAGAAGCUAGUUGUGUCGAAUUAAUUGAUGGUAAGAAACUAAAAGGGAAGCAGCAGGCUGAGGAAGGUGGCUCCGGUGUAUCGGAAAAAGAGGAGGAGGAUGUGCAUGAAGAAGAUGAAAAAGAAGGUGAUGAAUGGAAAGAGAAAAGGCAGAAGGGUGUUGAAGAAUCUGGUCCUACAUUAAUAUUAGCGUCAGGGUGUUAUGGAUCGUAUCUACACUGUGUGUCCCAUGCAUGGAAAUGA